AUGCUGGUUGUCUUCUUGACCUGGACGUCAGGUAUCCGAUCCUGCCGCUUUACCUUUGGACAGUGGUUACGUUUUGUCAGUGAUUCCGGUCAUCGCACUGCAGAGCGGUGUCGCCAAGGCAACAAUCCUGGACACUCCGAGCUUCAUUUUGAGGAGGAGGAGGAGGAGGAGGAGGAGGAGGAGGAGGAGGAGGAGGGGAUCACGACCUCCGAUCCGCUGUUACAUCCUCUCCAAGAUCUGGCUGACUUUGGAGCUCUGAGUCUCUAUCCCCAUUUUAGAUUUUCGUAA